AUGGACAGACCAAGCAAAAAGCGGCGUGCUAGUGACCUGCUUCCGUGUCGUGAUGAGGACUCCACAGCCAGCGCCAACCCCCAACAAACUGCAGGAUUCGACGCCGAGAUAAUGCAAAAGCAACUGGAGCUUUUCGUUCGCAACGGGAAUGUGGACACCGCCCAGAUAUUAGGUGAAUUGCUGGUCUCCAUUGCGCUGUUCCCAUCAGAUUCAGAGGCCCACAAUGGCAAGAAAAGCGCUCGCGCCGAAGCAGACGAGAGUUUCUUGUCGCGGAGGCGUGGUGAGGAUUUUGUAGAAACAGCAAAUUACGCCAGGACGCUGUCGCCUGCGUUCCAUUCCAAGACAUUGCGCCUUUUUGCAGAUUUAAUGCUCGCCAAACGCGAAUUUAAACGCGCCAUUCGGUAUUAUCACCAUAGCUGCAGGGAUAUGAGUGUCGUGACGAACGAGCAAGAGCUGGAGGUGAAGCUCAAGGUAGCCAGGUGUUACGUGGAGCUCGAGUGUAUUCACGAAGCCAUCGAAGUGCUGAAGUCGACACCGCUGGAAGGACGGACUCUGAGCAUGAAUCUACUACUUGGGAAAUUGUAUGUGAACGAAGGACUGCAAAACAAGGCGGAGGAGAGCUACACGGCUGCCCUACGACAGAAUCCAUACGCUUUAGAAGCAGCUUUAGCUCUCACCGAACUGGCAGCAGCAAAAGAUGCAUCGCCGGAUGCAUUUUCUGGAUCGGAUGGAACAGCGAGGGCCGGCGAUGGUUUGAAGCUGACACCGGUUACUGUCAGGCAUCACGAAAUUGAACAUUUCUAUAGUGACCUUGCCGCGAAGCCUAACGCUGCAGACAUCGGUCUAUCUCAAGUAGACUCGUCGUGGAUGCAGACGUUGGUGGCUGCUCACAUGGAUGUUGAGCGGGGUAAUUAUCGAGCGGCUGUGGAGUCAUUCAACACGCUAGAUCGAGUCUUUCCUAAGAAUCUACAUUGCUUAGUGCGCAAGGGAGCGCUCGAGAUCGAUCAGGAGCUGCUCCAUCAAGCUCACGUAACAUUCAAGCGUGCACGGCAGACCGACGACUUAAACUUGGCAUUUAUGGACCGCUACGCCAAUUGUCUGCGAAAAGGGAAUUCACGCACCAACCUCAAUGACUUGGUUCAAGAGCUAUUCAAGAUCAGCAAUACAAGUGCAGAAGCAUGGCUUGCUGCUGCGUAUUAUAACGACGUGAAAGGAGACUUCGAGACAGCCUUACAGUUCUCCGAGCGUGCCAUCGCGGAGCGACAUCGCCACGCUCCAGCCCACUUAUUACGAGGUGAAUUACUGCUGCGGAUGCAUCGUCCACAGCCUGCGUUGAAAGCUUUCUGGACUGCAUGCCGCCUCACUCGGUCUCUACAGGCUUACACGGGUAUUAUCACUAGCUACUGUGACUUGUUUGCUAUUGGUGUGAACCGAUACAAAGAGGCAUUGGCAACUGCCAAGAGUGUCGUGAAGCUGUACCCACAGAAGGCACAGAGCUUCGUGCUAUUCGGUAGUGUACUUGCACUAAGCUCAGAGCACCGAGAGCAAGCGCGUCAGGCGCUGCAGAAGGCGUUAUCCAUGGAACCUCGCAAGCUCUCCACCAAUUUUGCGCUUGCUGAUCUGCUGGUCGAAGACGGUAACUUACGCGGAGCCAUUGAUAGACUGCAGGCAUUGGGCGAGCGUCACCCUCGAGAAGAAGUCUUCACGAAGCUGGCGUACGUUUAUUCCAUGGACAAACAGUACGCAGAGGCGUUGAAAUACUUCCACCAAGCAUUGAGAUUAAACCCUGGGUCGACUGAGGCGUUGCAAGGACUGGACCGACUCGAGAAGUUGAUGCGUGGUGAAGACCCGGAUGAACUCAGCAACAGUAUGGAGCAGAUGGAGCCGGAGGAACAAGAGGAGUCGAUUGAAACCAGCGAAUACCUAUCGCCGUAGAGAUAUCUGCAUCGAUAAUGAGUUUAAGCACGACUAUCCUUAGCUUAGAGCGGUUUAUUCGACGGUGUCCGACGGCGUUUUGGGUCCAUGGCAGCCCUGCGCACGUUCUUGGGGUGAAGACAUCGCUCUCAUUGGCCUGUUAUUGAUGGGAGCGAGCAGUUUCCUGCGAAACCGAGCGCCACUGCAAGUGCUCAGCCCCAGUGGAGCUACAACGGGGACGUGUCGGCUGGACGACAGCGUUGCCCAGUGGUAACGCCACAGAACUCGAGAAACCACCUACUUGCCAAAUAUUCGAUAAGC